UUUAGCUCGGGGGGUCAAUAAACGUGUUCUAACACUGUUCACGCGGAAAUCGCUUUGAGCAGAGACUUCCAAUCUUCUUUUGGAUUGCAAGCUUCAAGUCCCCAGUCCAGCAAAUCUCUCAGACAGCAAGCACCGCGAAGCCUUUCUCUGAUUCCAUUAGGCGGUGGGAGUUUUAUUAAUCCGAGGUUGUGGUGAUAAUUAGAAAGAAUUUAACAUUUGCCUGUGAUAGACAAUGGGGAACAUCUUACCCAAACGAUGCUUUGAGCCCAAGAAGUCCAAAACUGAUGGGGAUGACUCGGACCGUCAUGUUGAACUUGCUGGAGGAAAUGUUCAACUCAUCACGAAUGAAGAAAGUUGGAACCAGAAGAUGGUAGAAGCAAAAAAAGAUGGCAAAAUUGUUGUGGCAAAUUUUAGUGCUUCAUGGUGCGGUCCAUGUCGAACAAUUGCACCCCUAUACUCUGAGCUUUCCGAGAAACAUCCUUCUUUGAUGUUUCUCACUGUUGAUGUUGAUGAACUUUCGGAUUUCAGCUCUACAACCUGGGACAUCAAAGCAACUCCUACCUUCUUCUUCCUUAAAAGCGGACCAGGAAGUGACAAAAUGGUAGAAAUCGACAAACUGGUGGGAGCUAACAAGCCGGAGCUGCUAAAGAAGAUUACAUCAAUUGUAGACACCAAAGCUCCCCCGGCCCAGAAAUAAGCAUUUAUGGAAUUGGUUUUGUUCUUUAGUUUGUGUGAGCUUUUUUUUUUUUCUUUUAUUAAAAUUCAAAUCUGUGUAUAUUGGCAUAUUGCAAUUGUAAAUGUGACUAAGGUUUUGGAUGGCACCAUAAAUAAGUAAAUAACUCCGUGAAAGAAGGGUCGGUGAAAUAAAUGCACUUUUUUGCCAUGUGCUCAUGAUAUAUGAUACGAGUCAUAUUGGGAC